AUGUGUCCGCCGGUUGCAGCGUUUGCGGUACUGGCCGCCUAUCUUUGCGGCCCGCCUCCCCCGGUGACCGCGGCCCGCCCUCGGCAGCUCAACUACCGACCCAUCGUUGGUGUGUUGGCUCAGGAGAAUCUUCCGAGGGACCGGUUUGCCCGUGGGUCCUCCUACAUUGCUGCCUCCUAUGUUAAAUAUCUGGAGGGAGCCGGGGCCAGGGUGACACCCAUACGAAUCAAUCGCACAGAGGAAGAAUAUGCCAAGAUAUUUAACUCUAUAAAUGGGUUGUUGCUACCGGGAGGAGAUGUAGACCUCCAAACAUCUCAGUUUAGUCAAGCAGCCAAGAUCUUUUACAACUUAGCUUUAAAGGCCAAUGAUGCAGGCGACUACUUCCCUAUCUGGGGUACUUGCCAGGGCUUUCAGCAGCUAACAGUGCUCACAGCCAACAAGAACCUUCUUACCCUUACCGAUACCAAGGCUGUAGCCUUACCUCUGACCCUCACACCAGAAGCUCGGUUUAGUCGUUUAUUCCGAAAUUUUCCCAGGGACGUUCUUCAGUCGUUGGCCGAUGAAAACAUCACCUCCAACUUCCACAGCUGGAGCCUGUCUAAACAGAACUACACUGGUAAUGCAAGGCUGAAGAGGUUCUACAAGGUUCUGUCAAUCAACAGUGAUGGAAAGAAGGAUUUUAUCUCCACCAUGGAAGCCUACCGGUACCCAUUCUAUGCGGUGCAGUGGCACCCAGAGAAGAGCCCCUUCGAGUGGAUAGACAAGCGGGGCAUGGUUCACUCCUCCUCGGCUGUCAAAGCCUCCUUCUACACUGCCAGCUUCUUUGUCUCUGAGGCCAUGAAGAACCACCAUCAGUUUCCCAGUCCUCUGGAAGAGGAGAAGGCUCUCAUCUACAACUUCUCCCCCGUCUACAGAGGCAUCCAGUCUGUCUUCCUGCAAAACUACUAUUUCGACUGA